GGUAGGGUGGGGGACAUGGUGUCCCUCCUGAUGCGUGUCUUCCGUUUGGGGGCGGAGAAAAAGAGGGUGAAGCUCUACGAGAACCUCCGGAGAGACGUGGACCCGCGGGAGACCUGGGACACCCAGGGGGAGCUGGGAGACGGGGCCUUCGGGAAGGUCUACAAGGCCCAGAACCACACCACUGGGGCCCUGGCUGCUGCUAAAGUGAUGGAGGUGCGCAAUGAGGAACAGCUGGAGGACUACAUUACCGAAAUUGACAUCCUGGCAGCCUGUCACCAUCACAACAUCCUUGGGUUGUUGGACGCCACUUUCUUUGAGGGCUGGCUGUGGAUCCUGGUUGAGUUCUGCCCAGGGGGGGCCUUGGAUGACAUCAUGUUAGAGCUGGAGCGGGGCCUGUCUGAGCAGCAGAUCAGUGAGGUGUGCUGUCAGACGCUGCAGGCUCUGUCCUACCUGCACCAGCAACACAUCAUCCACAGAGACCUGAAGGCAGGCAACAUCCUUCUAACCAUGGAGGGACAUGUCAAACUGGCUGACUUCGGAGUGUCUGCCAAAAACACUCACACCCUCCAGAGAAGAGCCACUUUCAUUGGAACCCCUUACUGGAUGGCUCCCGAGGUGAUCCAGUGCGAGGCUUCCAAGGAGAACCCGUAUGGCCCCAAGGCUGACAUCUGGUCCCUGGGUGUGACGCUGAUUGAGGCUGCAGAGAUGGAGCCCCCCCACCACUCACUCAACCCGAUGAGGGUCCUGCUCAAGAUCACCAAGUCCGCCCCACCCACCCUCAGCAACCCACGCCUCUGGUCCUCUCAUUUCCAGGACUUCCUGCAAAGGGCGCUGCAGAAGAGCCCCGAGGCCCGGUGGGGAGCCCAGCAGCUUCUGGCCCACCCCUUCCCUUGCGCUGGACGGGACGGCCGAGCCCUGCGGGAACUCAUCGCAGAGGCCAAGGCAGAGGUGAUGGAGGAGACAGCGUCCCUGAUAGAUAACAGGGGCUCUCGAGACGAGGACACGGUUGUGGGGCCGGAUGGAGGGACUGCCCAGUCCGAGCAGCAGCAAGAGGAAGUGACAAUGCAGGUACCAGAGAAACCUCAGGAGGGCCCAUCUACCAUACAGGCUGGUAUGAGUCCACCACCACCUCCACCCAACCCUGACCUGGUCUCUUCCUCCACCCCAGUGAAAAAUGGGGGCACCACUGGGACCAAGGGGGCCAAGUGUCUGUCAGUAUGGGAGCCAGGGACCUUCCUCUCCUUUCUGACUGCAGCCUCUCGCCGCUGCAAGUCCGGCCUCUGGGGAGACACCCCAUCGAUUUCAGCCAAUCAGAGCCAGCAAAACAAGGAGGACAGUCCCACUGGCCAAUCAGAAGAGCAGGAAGUGACAAAUCCAGCGGGAGAGAGGGAUGUAGGGAACGCGGAGAAGGAUCUGUGUGAGAACAUUGGGAGGGGCAGCAUCCUCCCCAUCCCUAAAACGAAUGGCACGGGAGAUGAAGGAGGAAAGGAAGGAAAGGAUGAGGGGCAGAAAAAAGAGGAGGAUGAAAUUGCAAGUGACUGCGAGGCCCAAGACCUUGACUCGGAAGUGGUUUCUUCUUCUGAACAGAAAAUAGUAGGCAUCCACACUGACAUGAACCAAAACUGUACCAAUGACUCGGGUGAGGAUGCACUUGUCUGUGACGAUAACCAACCAAUGACUGAGGCUCAAUGUUCAGUUGAGGAGAUUUGUAUCCUCAAAGCAGGACCAUCCAAUGACAUUAACAGUAGGGUAGAAGAAGCUCCUAGCCUGUCAGUGCAAACACACAGUCCACUGGUUAUAGCCUUGUCUUUGGAAAUGCCCCAGCCAUCCACAAAGGAGAUAGGAGAAAGCCAGCACUAUGUGCUAGACUUCCUGGACCUGUCCAUUCAUAACCACUUCAAGAUGGCCACCAGUGGGAACACUAAGGAAGAGACCAAACAGAGUGUCAAAGAGAAAGAGACUGAAUUGACCAAGGAGGAAAUACAAGAGGAGAGGGGAGAGGAGGCGCAGCAGGAGGAAGAUGAGGAGAUAUUGGAAGAGAAUGAACUAUCCGCUAUGAGAGAUGAAGAGGGAGAGCACGAGGAGAGAAGAGUAGAAGAAAGGGAUGAGAUGCAGAUAGAUGAAGACGGAAUACAAGGCAAGACAUGUGUGGAAGAAGAACAGGAGGACAACGUGGAGUUGAAGACAAGUGUGGGAAAACGAAUGGAUUUAGAAGAACAUGAGGCAAGUCCUGAAAUGGAGGACGGAGAAUCUAAGAGUGGUAUUGAAGAGAACGUACCAUCAGAACAAACAGGAGAAAUACAGACUAAAACAGAGCAGCAAAUAAGUGAUGUUUCACACAAACCUGAAUCAACUAUGGAAGUUGAUACCAGUGAAAAGGAGAAGCGUUUAAGCGCAGAGACAGAAAAUGAAAUCCUUGAUCUCGAUGUGACUGAAUUUGAAAAUGUAGACAGAGCAGAGGGAAAAAAUGAACAGAGUAAAGAGGACCUUGGAUUAGAAAGCGAUAACAUAGUGACCAUCCAAGUACAAGAAACUGAUAUGACCAUAAAGCAGGAAGCGAAAGAAAAGGGGGACCAACAAGGGGACAGUAAGGGAGAAGAGAAGAUGACAGACCUCCCAACUGGGGAACCUAUGACGAAGGUGAACUUGACCUUGGAGUCAGAUAGAGGGAGGGAGGGAGGAGGGAAAGAGGAAGGAGGGAAAGAGGAGGGAGGGAGGGAGCUGGAGGAAGGAGGGAAGGCUAGUCAGACACAGUUGGACAUAGUGACUGAACAGAGCUCAACCAGAUCUCAGGGAACUGCUAUAGACAGAGUACAGCCGAACUCAGCAUCAAAUGAUAACUGGCACCAAGUGACAGACAAGAUGGCUGCCAGUGAAGACCAAGCUGACACGACAGAGAAAGUCAACUCAGUCUCGACAAUGUCAAGACCUGUAGAGGAGUUGAUCCAUAACAGGAAGACGAUCAAAAGGACCCGGAAGUUCAUGGUGGACGGCCGAGAGGUCAGUGUCACCACAUCAAAGGUCCUGAAGGAGAGCGAUGUGAAGGAGCAGCACAUGCGGUCCGCUAGGCGCCAGGAGCUGCAGGCUCUAAAGCUCCUUCAGAGGGUGGAGCAGAGAGAGUACGCCCAGAUGGAGCAGCGGCUGCAGCAGCAGAGAGAGAUUAUGUUCCGACAAAUCGCUCAGGAGAUGACCAACAAGAAGCAGUACUACGACAGUGAGCUGGAGCGGCUGGAGAAGCAGUAUGUGCAGCAGAGCAGCCGCAUGGAGGAAGAGCACACAGCCAGGCUCAGAGAGGACGCACGCAGACUCAAGAGCCAGCAGGAGAGAGAGCUGAACCGCAAGGCUGCUGUAAUGAAGGCUCAACCCAGAGAGGAGCAGCGUUACCUGCAGAAGCAGCAGCAGGAACUCAACGAGAUGCUCCAGAAAGAAGUCCAGGAACACAAGAGGAAGGUGGCCUCUAUGGAGUGGGACAUAACUGUCAAGACCCAGCAGCUUAAGCGAGCCCGGGAAUCACUGAUUUGGGAGAUGGAGCAGCGUCAUCUGCAGGAGAAGUACCACCUCUUUAAGCAGCAGGUGAAGGAGCAGUAUUCACUGCAAAGACAACAGCUCUGCAAGAGGCACAGCAAAGAUACAGACAGGGUGUCUCAGUUCCAUCGGGCGUUACUGGAUGAGCAGAGGACCCAGCAGGCCCAGGAGAGUACCCAGCUCCAACGAGCCCAGCGCACCAAGGCCAAGGCCCGGCUGGCCCACUUCAAGCUGGAGCUGAAGACACUGGGCCUGACUGGGCCAGAGCACCGGCAGCGCCUCACACUGUUUGUGUCGUCGGAGGAGGGCAGGCAGCGAGAGGAGAGGCAGAGUUUGAAGCAGGACCAGGAGGGCCAGCUGAGGGAGGUGCAGGAGCAGUGUGACGGCAAUAUGGCCAAACUCCUGGAGCUGCAGAAUGAGAAACUGCAGCUGUUAGUUGACAUGGAGAAGAAGAAGAUUCAGAGACUAGAGGAUGAACACACUCUGGAGCUGAACGAGUGGGAAGACAAGCUGGCCUGCAGGAAAGAGGUGUUGGAGGAAGACCUGGCUCGCCGGAGAAGGGAGCGAAAAGACGGCGGUUCUUCCCAAGCCUCAACUUCUCUUAACUGAACACCACCAAAAGAGAAAACAAUCCUGACAAAUCAAACUGCUUUUUAUAUCAUUCACACAGAUCUCACAUAUACUCAAAAACAUAUUAAAAAAACUGACAGUGCCUAAUCAAAAGGGAACCAUCGCGCUCUCCAAGAAGUUUGGUUGGUGCGUAAAACCCAUGAAUUCAGAUAAAUAAAAAGGUUUGAUGGGUCCACACUCAAAAA